GAGAGCGGAGUUAAGUGGCAGUUGUUUUCUCCUGUGGGACAGAUCAAAGCUGCAGAGCUACAGUGUCUCUCCUUGAAUUGGUGAGCUCUCCCUGGCUGGGUGUGGGUGGUAGUGUCAGGGCUGAGGCCCGGCCCUCUCCCAUGCGCCCCUGUGCCCGCUCACACAGCUGGCGCCUCCACGCACCCACGCGGCGCCCACACAGCCUCCACUGACACUGUCACCGGGACUCUCCUGCAGGACCCCCCUGCAGGAUCCCCCUGCAGGACCCCUACCGGAGCAGAGCCACAGGAGCUUAGCCCAGAGGGAGUCUGACCAUGUCCACAGAGACUGAGCUACAACCCGCGGUCAGGCCCAGCACUCUCAGACGGGACUCCAGACGAAAAGGGCAGGAUCGCAGCGAGGCGGCUCUCAUCAGGCGUUUUAAGGGUGAUGGCGUCCGCUACAAGGCCAAGCUCAUCGGCCUGGACGAGGUCACCGCCGCCCGAGGAGACAAGCUCUGCCAGGACUCCAUGAUGAAGCUCAAGGGCAUAGCAGCGGCAGCACGGUCCAAAGGAGAGCACAAGCAGAAGGUGUUCUUGACUGUAUCCUUCGGAGGGAUCAAAAUCUAUGAUGAGAAAUCAGGGGUUCUUCAGCACCACCACGCAGUCCAUGAGAUCUCCUACAUCGCCAAGGACAUCACAGACCACCGAGCAUUUGGCUAUGUCUGCGGGAAGGAGGGGAACCACCGCUUUGUGGCCAUCAAGACGGCACAGUCGGCCGAGCCCGUCAUAUUGGACCUGCGGGACUUGUUCCAGCUCAUCUACGAGAUAAAGCAGAGAGAGGAGGUGGAGAAGAAGGCCCAGAAGGACAAGCAGUGUGAGCAGGCCGUCUACCAGACGAUAUUGGAGGAGGACUUGGAGGACCCCGUGUACCAGUACAUUGUCUUUGAGGCGGGACAUGAGCCCAUCCGCGACCAAUCAGAAGAGAGCAUUUAUCAGGUUCCCACCAGUCAGCAGAAGGAAGGGGUCUAUGAUGUCCCAAAGCGACACCCAAACGGGCAUCAAACCACCCCUCAUCAACAUCAUCACCAUCUUCAUCAACAUCUUCAUCAGCACCAACCACCCCAUUUCCAUGAGACAGCCCCACCAAAGCCGCAGGCAGCAGCAGAUCUCAUAGACUUUCUAGACAUGGAUAUGGUGACUCAGAACAUCAACCAGUUAGAGAUUUUUGGAGAUAUGUCCACACCUCCAGACAUCACUUCUCCAUCUACACCCGCCUCUCCAGCCAACACCCUGGACCCCUCCCAAGGCCUGCAGCCCCCCACCGAACUGUUUGCUCCCUUCAACCCUGCGUCUGUGCCCUCAGGUUAUGUGACCAUGGGGGCGGUGCCUCCAGGACACUGGGCACAGACGCCUCUGGCCUUUGGUGUGCAGUCGCCCUUGGGUCCCGUGGCACAGGUCCUGCCUGGGGGUCAGCCUCUGAUCUGGGGCCAGGCUAACAUCUUCCCCGCCACACAGCAGCAGUGGGCAGCCAUGGCGGCAGGAGCCUACCCCACAGCCUACCUCCCUGCCCAGCCCGUGGGCACGCUGCCUGCAGCCAUGUUCCAGACACUGACCCCAGUCACCACAGUGACCCCUGCUGGAGAAAGCAUCUCAGCUGGAGCCAGUGCCUCGGCCCCCUCCCCCUCCGCAUCCUCCAGUCCGCAGCAUGGGGAGCGGGCAAAGAAGAUGGGCAAAGAGAUGUUCAAGGAUUUCCAGUUGGCCAAGCCUCCUGCCAUGCCCUCCAAGAAGUCGGAGCAGCCCGGCUUGGCAGGAACCUCUGAAGCAUUCAGCACUUACUUCAGCCGUGUGGGCACUGCCCAGGACACGGACGACUGUGACGACUUUGACAUUUCUCAGAUGAACUUGACACCAGUCACCUCCACCACGCCAUCCACCAACUCGCCUCCCACCCCAGCUCCCAGACAAAGCUCUCCCUCCAAGUCAUCGGCCUCUCACGUCAGCGACCCCCCCACGGACGCCACAGACCCGCCCACGGACGACUCGUUUGGGGAGGCAGAGGGCAGCCCGAGCCGCAGCGGAGAGGAGGAUGCUAAGGGAAAGGACCCUCUCUACGCCAAGAUCAACAAAGGGAAGAAAUAGAGACCCACAGGAAGACGCACCCGACCAGCAGCAGUGGGGCAGGAGCAGAACCCUCCCUCAUCACUGUAUGAAUGUGUAACUCCUCUUCAUCAACUCCUCCUGCUGACAGCGUCCCACGAGGAGCCACUACACUCCCUCUCUGUCACCCACCUCCUCUGCAGUUCCAUCACCACCAUGCACUGUGCUCUCUCGUCUCCCUGUGGCCAAUCAGAGCCAGCCUUACACAUACUAUGGACCCCCCACCCUGUCCCGUACGCUCCUGCUGCCCUGUACCUGCUCCUCCUCUCGCCCCUCUGGCCUGGGACUGUCCUGCCAGGGAGGGGCUACCGAAUCAAGCAGUGCCUCUCCCUCUGUCUCCAUUCAACUUACAGUUCAAGUACAUGCACGCUUACAAGGAUUAGAGAGAUCAUCUUUUCUUUUGAGAAUCUGUGCUGGGACAAGUCAUACCAGGAUCGCACUUGUGAUUGGUCGGUCGCUUUUGGGCGUUUCCCCCCCCCCCAUCCUUGUGAGUGUCUGCUGGAUCUCUAUGCAGAAAUAGACUCUGGGAGCUCCUCACACACAUGCAGUACACAAAACAUCGUAAUUUGCCAAACGUCUCUCUAGCAGAAACACUGAAGGCUUAAGGACCAGAUGAACUGCAGAAUGGACCCAAGAGGGAAGAGGCCAGGGACAGAUUCUGUGAUUGAACUCUUCAUUCUCUAUAGCUUUUGUACAAUACUGAUUUAAAAAAUGAAAAAAGUGAAUUUUUAUUUUAUAAGUCAAUCAAGCCGCUGGGGUCAGCUCUAUUGGACUUAUAGAGUCUACAUGGCUUUAAGGCAUCUGAUAGUUGGUUUGCCAAACUCAUUUUGUAAAUAAUAAUAAUCAUUCUGUCCACUGGACGUCUGUGCCAUAAAAUAGGAAGGCUUCAGUUAUGCAAACUCUUAACUUUACCCAAGCAAUACCAACAUAUGUUUUCCUUUCAGGGUCACACUAUGUUUAUUGCCCUAUUUUAGAAUGUAGACCUGUUAUACUUAUACAGCUAAUCCUGCUUCCAGCUCCAAACAUUGCAUCACUUUUGUCUAAAACCAAUAAACCUUAAUGUUAAGUUAAACAUUUUCCCACUCUUGUACGUUCUGUGUGAGAAGUUGCGUUUUGUUUCUUGUCUUUCUCAACACUCUGAUUGGUCAGUGUCAGUUCAUGUUCCCCCCAUUUCUCUGUCAGUCAGGUGCCAAACUGCUGCUGUCCGUGACGGCUGCAGCCUCCUCUACUACAGCUCCAUACUGUGACGUUCGCUCCCUAUUUUAUGGCCAGAGUCCCUGUCCAUGUCGCCUGGAGAGGAAAUACAUGACAUCCAGGAGACAAGAGCAAAGAAUAAAUAAAAAGGGAACCAUUGCUGUUUGAGUACAUAACAUUUCUAGACCUAUUUUAACUUUACCUCAGCUAACAGUUUCUUAAUGUAAAAUUGACACCUUAUUUUUAUCUUUAUGACUAUGACAUUCUACAGUGGGUUUAUAGAUGAUUUUGGUUCAGUUGAUUAUGCCACCAUGUAUUACUGUUACAAAUAAAC